UCAGCAGAAAGCAACAUUUUAUUUCCUUUUUAAAUUGUAGUUUCUGUUGUUCACCAUAAGGCAUCUUUAAAACUGACUGCAUCCAUAAAUUAAAGAUUUCUGGAAAUUGGAGUAGCUCUGUUUCCUGCUUUGGAUAUAAACUACAAAUUUACAAUUCCCAUAAAUAAGGAGCCCGGAGUAUAUAAAGGAGGAGCCUGUGUUACCGUAAGCAGAACUCUGGGAUCCCAACAAGGAUACGGCCAUUCCUUCCCUGCUCACCAUACAGGAGCCAUACUCACUAAUAUACCAGGAACACGGAGAUGCGAGUCCUGUGGCUUUUGCUAGUUGCCGGAUCCAUGGCACGAGAAGACAUGGAAAGAAAUGUCUUCCUAUUCCCCAAUCAGAAUGGCAGUGAUUAUGUGCUUCUGACCCCAAUGGUGACUGAGCCAUUAGAUAAAUUGACCGUUUGUUUGAGGAUCUAUACAAAUGACAGAAGAUAUGCCCUUUUUAAUGUGGGCACAACAAAGUCAUCAAUUGAAAUGUCUGUUGUUUUCCAGCCCAUGUCAUGUUACUCAGGAUAUCCAUACUGUUCAACCGACAUCUUCAUGAACACUACGCAGGUAUCUAUUCCUGCAAAGGCAAAUCCUCUAGACUGGAAUCACAUCUGUGUGACCUGGGACUCUGACGCUGGGGUUCUACAGCUUUGGGUUAAUGGGAAACUCUCCCCUCGCACAAUAAUGCAGGAAGCCUUUUCCGUUGAUCUUCAGAAAGGUUUUGUCCUGGGUCAGAAGCGGCAUUAUUAUGAUCAGAAGUGGGAUUCAUACGUUUCCUUUCAAGGGGAAAUAAGUGACGUCCAUAUGUGGAAUAGGGUUUUGCCUCCUGCGACCAUAGGGAAGGUUCUGCUAAAUAAAAGGUAUAUUAAUGGGAAUGUCAUUAGCUGGAGGUCUCUGAAGUACACUGUUUAUGGUAAUGUCAUUGUCCAACCCAAACUCCAGUGUAGAUAUUGCGGUAAGCUUGGCUUACACCAUCCUGGGCUGUCUCAACAAAAUAUAAAUAUAGAGGACCUAGAAAGUGAAAAAUAAAGCCCCGAAAAAAUUCACUUCUUUCAGCGAAAGUUUUUGGCGACUCCUCCUUUGGCACUCCCUUUAGCCACAAAGAUUCCGGCCUGUCAGGUCCCUAACCCAGAACAUGCCAAUAAGAUUACACUCGAAAAUGAAGAAUGAGUGCAUUAGCCACAAAAAUGCCAUUAAGAUCACUUCAGGCAAUUAAUAAUGAUCACUACAUUAAAAGAAAAUAAAAACAGAGAAUACCCCAGACUUUUCUUCUCUCCCAGUGCUUCUUGUUUUGCUCUGCCUUCUUCUGAUUAGCUGAAAAACAUAUCAAAGAUGGCUAUUUGAUCCACUGUGGAAGCCAAGCAAUCUUUCAUUACUUCCAAGGCUUUAAAACUGUUUUAGGUGGCAGGGAUAACUUAGCCUUGUUCACCUUACCCUUGAGCCGACCAUGGCACUGGUAGAUGGGUUUGGUAGUACAAUGGCUUUCCAACGAAUGAUUGGUUCAUGGGGAACUAUGAACUGUUUCUUGGAAAGAAGGACUAAUCUAGUCUCAUCCUUUGCUUGUAUUAGGGAUGAAGAGAUCCUUGGUCCAUCUUAUAUGUGUGGGUGGGGAUUCCAAUUACAGACAUCCAGCUGUUUUUAAAAUAUAACUCCCAGCAUCCCACCAAUAACUGGAAGGCUGCAUUAUGACCAUGCCUGAUGUAUGUACUUAAUAGAUCUUACAAUUCUUAUACAAUGUAAUUUGUCUUUUGAACUUUUAUCUAUGAUUUCCCCUUAAAGACCCCUUUGAUUCUGGGACCAAAUACCACAUGCCCACCCCACCCUAUCCUUAAACUAUCCGUGAUAUCAGCAUCUACCAAUUUAUAUUUUAUUCUCCCAUUGUGUGGCACAUCCCAAGGGGGUCAUAUUACCCCACACUGGCACCGCAGUUUGUGUUAUUAUAAUGUGUAUUUUAUGAUUAUCCCUUGCACCAUGUAACACUAUAUUAUAUCUGCACAAUGACAUGAUAUAUGGCCAUAUUAAGGGAAUGGUACAAUAUACUCAUUUACCAAUAAACAGCAUUAAAUGAAAGCUA